UGUAACGGCGUUUGUCUCCCUGCAGGCGCCGGGAGGGACCGUCUGCGCGCGGCGCUUACUUGGGAGGCGGCGGUGAGGGGCCGCUGCCUGCUGGCCAUGUCGGGCCGGGGGAAGUCCGGCGGCAAGGCGCGGGCCAAGGCCAAGUCGCGCUCGUCGCGGGCCGGGUUGCAGUUCCCCGUAGGCCGGGUGCACCGGUUGCUGCGGAAGGGGAACUACGCGGAGCGGGUGGGCGCCGGGGCGCCGGUGUACCUGGCGGCGGUGCUGGAGUACCUCUCGGCCGAGAUCCUGGAGCUGGCGGGCAACGCGGCCCGCGACAACAAGAAGACGCGGAUCAUCCCCCGGCACCUGCAGCUGGCCAUCCGCAACGACGAGGAGCUCAACAAGCUGCUGGGCGGCGUGACCAUCGCCCAGGGCGGCGUCCUGCCCAACAUCCAGGCCGUGCUGCUGCCCAAGAAGACGCAGAGCUCGAAGAAGUGAGCGCUGCCCCCGGUCCCCCUCCCGGCCCCCUUCUCGCCGCUGCCCUGCCUCCCCUCUCCCAGCGGGGCCGGGGGUCCCCUCCGUUAGCCCCCCCAGCCCGGGCUGGGCGGUGAGCCCUGGCAGCGCCCCGCCAGCCCUGCGCUAGCCCCCCAGCCUGGGCUGCGGUGGGGUGCUGGGGGAGUAUGGGUGAGGUCAGGCCCUGCUUGCGCCCCCGCCCUGCCCCUCUUCCCUCUGGAAGAAGCGUUUUCGGAGGAGGCAGCUGGAUCACGGCUGUCGGCGGUGGUGGCAUCCGGAGCCGCACGGUUGGGUCACGGUGCGG